UCAGUUCGUGUUGAAACUCCGACCGAUGUGGUUGUUUCACGUCAAAUAUUUUGAAAAACCCUUUUCCACGUGGAUUCAAUAUACAAGCACAGUGUGUGUUGUGCAUUUAAACUUGACCUUGUCCAUUUGUAUCUAGUAUCUACAGCAACAGCCAAUUAAAAGUGAUGAUAUUUAAACAAAUGCAAUUUUGUUUUUUCUUCUUUAUCGGUGAUGUGUUCGAAUAUUUAAAUUGAAUAUAGUAGUUUGAUGAGUGAUUAAAAAUUAUGAAGUAAUAAAAAUAAAGACCUUUAAGGUUGUGUGUUCGUGUGCGUUCGAUUUGAUUGAUGUUCAAGGGUUAGAUUGAUAAUUUUAUAAAAUUGGAAAAUGUCUUAAAACUGUUCGUUACUUAAUCGGUGAAUCAGUUUGGUGCUGUUAACAAAGAUUUCUCAAAAGUUAUUAAUAUUAAACGAAAGUAAAAAAAUUGAUAAAAAAAUCUCUUUAACAAAAUAACAUCAAUAUGGAAAAUGGAAUUUGGAACAGUUAUUUUGGGAAUAUUACUUAUUAUAAAGCUAUCUUAUGCGCUUGAUCCCUCAGAGCUACUGAUUCUCAUCAUAAGUCAAGAAAAUAGUUACCACAAGCAAUUAAAUGAAAAUCUCCGAAGUAAUAUACAUAAGCAAUCGAUUUUAUUAUCAAAGAACCAUUUGAUCCACGUACAUGUUCUUCAUGAAAUAUUAAACCACCCUGGAGACUGGACCUUUCUGGCAGUGCUUCCAAAGCUCACAACAUCCAAUUUAAUAAAAUCAAACACAAAAUGGAUUAUUCUUUGCGAAGAUCUGAGCUUAAUCCAGUUAAAGCCAUUGAUAGACAACCUAUCGCAAGAAGAUUAUACAACGGAACAAUAUUUUGGAUACCCACUUUAUGACCAAGAAGCUACUAUCAUUCAUCACUUUGCGUUCUUUGAGAACCCCCGAUGGUUUCACUACCCCAUGCUGCAGGCAGGUGUUAUAUUUUCGGUCCCACUAGUGCAACAUCUUGCAGAGUAUGUCUCGAAAGUGAAACGUAAAAUGGAUUUUUCCAUAGAUGCGUCCCAUGAGCUGGCCCGAUUUAUUAUGGAAUAUGUAAAACCCAAAAGUCACAUGCACCACGAAACACGUACCCCAACACACAAUAUACAGGAUGUUGCAACCAAGGGAUUUGUAUCUCGUGUUGCCAUGAGAAACGGUGACAGCAUACCUAAGAAAAAGGCCAAUAGCAGGAUUCUCAUGCAGCCAGCAUCGUACAUUUGCCCAUCGCCAUCGGUGGAAGGACUCCGCACAGAUUGUGCCUUGUGUGUUAAUUCAUCGGUUACCUCAUCCUGUAUUGCCGCUGGUAGAGAAACCAUUUAUUUCGCUAUAAAGACCUGUCACAAAUUUCUUAUGGACCGAGUACCAGUAAUACAAAGAACUUGGGGACAGUAUGCGGCACACAAACGAUUUUUCAGUGAUAAUGCUAGUAAGGACAUUCCAACAUUCGCAACUGGUGUUCCAAACACAGAGACGGGCCAUUGUUUAAAAACUCUGUCGAUUUUAAAGUUGGCAUUGAAUGAUGUACAACGGCACAACCGUGUCUCCAAUAGGCCGAUUCUUUGGAUUUUCCUAUCCGAUGAUGAUACGAUUUUAAGUGUAUCGGGAGUCUGUGAAAUUUUGGGGUGUUUUGAUCCUACUGCGGAUGUAUACUUGGGUGAACGGUACGGAUUUAGACUGCAUUCGGAUGAUGGUUUCAAUUAUAUAACUGGCGGGGGUGGGAUUGCUUUUAGUUUGCCGACCGUAAGGAAAAUUGUGCAGUCAUGCACCUGUCCGACGAUAUCUUCGCCAGAUGAUAUGAUUUUAGGUUCGUGUUUGCAUGGAUUAAACGUGAGAGCUAUUCACUCCUCGAGAUUUCAUCAGGCCCGCCCAAUGGACUACCCCGCAACUUUACUUACAAUUCAAAAGCCAGUAUCAUUUCAUAAAUUUUGGCAACUCGACCCUGUUUCUGUUUAUGAGGAAUGGUUUGCUGAAGACGAUAAAAGAUUAUACACCCAGGAAACUCUGAGCAGAAAAAUCAAAAAGGAACACAUUAAUAACGUUUCCAAAAGAAUACAAAAUAAAAACAACGAUGAAUCCCACAGACCUUUAAUCGACGUUGAGCUCAAAUCUAACCACGUAGAGCUUUAGCUAGUUAAUAUAAAAAACUCUAAAAACAAAAUAUUUGUUGUAUAUAAAUAUAUAUAUAUUUGUUAUUAAAUAACAUAACUUAAAAAUAUUAAAUGUUUACUACUGAAAUACUGCAAAUACAGAGACAGUAUUAAUUUAUUAUACUAAAGAA